CUCAUUCAUCACUCACGGAGCUCUGCGCGCGCCGGGGCAGACCUGAGUCACAAACUCUUCUUCAAUGUUUCUAGUCCAGGCCAUGGCCCAGGGCAGUGAGGUCCAGUACGAGCCGGUGGCAGAGAUCGGAGGCGGUGCGUACGGGACGGUGUACAAAGCUCGGGACCUGGAGAACGGCCAGUUUGUAGCUCUGAAGAGUGUUCGCGUCCAGACGGACCAAGAUGGCCUCCCCAUCUCCACAGUCAGAGAGGUGGCCCUGCUGAAGAGACUGGAGCAGUUUGACCAUCCCAACGUGGUCAAACUCAUGGACGUGUGUGCCACCCUGAGGACGGAUCAGGAGACUAAAGUCACCCUGGUGUUUGAGCACGUGGACCAGGACCUUAAGACCUACCUUGCGAAGGCCCCCGCCCCAGGACUGCCCUCCAGCAGCAUCCAAGACCUGAUGCGUCAGUUGCUGUGUGGCCUGGCGUUCCUCCACUCGAACCGCGUGGUGCACCGGGACCUGAAGCCAGAGAACAUCCUGGUCACCAGCCGUGGUCAGGUGAAGCUCGCCGACUUUGGACUGGCAAGGAUCUACAGCUACCACAUGGCCCUCACUCCUGUGGUGGUGACUCUGUGGUACAGGCCUCCUGAGGUCUUGCUACAGUCCACCUAUGCAACGCCUGUGGACAUCUGGAGCACGGGCUGCAUCUUUGCUGAGAUGUUCCGACGCAAGAGUCGCAAGUGCGCGAUGGGACAAGAACAUCCCUGCCGGCCAAACCCUCCCCUAACCAGGAUGACGCUGGGCCAAUUAUGCGCCACCUCAUCGAUCUCCCGGUCGCGGCCAGCUGCGACAGAGCCUGGACUCGAACCAGGAUCCCUCGUGGCUAAUCAAAUCAAAUUGUAUUUGUCACAUGCGCCGAAUACAACAGGUGUAGACCUUACAGUUAAACACUUACUUACAAGCCCUUAACCAACAAUGCUUGGUUAAGUAAAAAAUAGAAAAUAAAAAUAACAUAAUUAAACAGCAGCAGUAAAAUAACAAGCGACUCUAUACAAAGAGGGUACAGGUACAGAGUCAAUGUACGGUUACUGGCCCAACGCUCUAACCACUAGGGUACCCACCACCCCCUACCUGCCGCCCUUUUGUUCAUGUGGGAAAGGGCAGUGUUGAGUGCAAUAGGGAUUACAUCAUCUGUGGAUCUGUUGGGGCCGUAUACAAAUUGGAGUGGGUCUAGAGUUUCUGGGAUAAUGGUGUUGUUGUGAGCAUGACCAGUCUUUCAAAGCAGUUCAUGGCUACAGACGUGAGUGCUACGGGUCGGUAGUCAUUUAGGCAGGUUGCCUUCGCUUUCUUGGGCACGAGGACUAGAGCCGGUGUAGUACGAUUCGAUCUUAGUCCUGUAUUGACGCUUUGCCUGUUUGAUGGUUCGUCGGAGGUCAUAGCGGGAUUUCUUAUAGGCUUCCGGGUUAGAGUCCCGCUCAUUGAAAGCGGCAGCUCUAGCCUUUAGCUCAGUGCGGAUGUUGACUGUAAUCCAUGGCUUCUGGUUGGGGUAUGAACGUAGGGUCACUGUGAGGACGACGUCAGAUGCACUUAUUGAUGAAGCCAGUGACUGUUGUGGUGUACUCCUCAAUGCCAUCAGAAGAAUUCCGGAACAUAUUCCAGUCUGUGCUAGCAAAACAGUCCUGUAGUUUAGAAUCUGCUUCAUCUUACAACUUUCUUAUUGACCGAGUCACUGGUGCUUCCUGGUUUAGUUUUUGCUUGACAGUGCUUCCUGGUUUAGUUUUUGCUUGACCACCUGGCCACUCGGGGGGCCCUUAAUCUGAUAUUCUAACAUGAUUCUCAUUGGAUUAAUCGAUAAUAUUCCACCCAGCAAAGUUAAUAACACUCAUGGCCAGAUUACUGAACGGACACCCAGAUAGCAUAUGAUAGCAAAAAUGUGUAGAAUUGCAGGAAAUUGGACCAAUUCUACACAUUUUUGCUAUCAUAUGCUAUCUGGGGGCCCGCUGGAGGUCGGGGGCCCUGGAUGCUAUGCCAUGGUUGCCCUUAGUUUGAAGAUGUAAUCCAGAAACAGGUGUUUUCUCCAUCUCUUUAGCUAUCAUACUCUAAUUCCAAAACUCUAUCCUCCAGAAAGUACAUGAUACAUAAAAAAAAGCUGUAAUCGACAGGAUUACCAACAGACUUACCAGCUCAAUUAAACAGAAGCCUCCUGUAUAGCAGACCAAUCUGAACUCCUCUCUCGGUAUGUCCAGCCCACUCAUUAUCUCAGCCAAUCAUGGUUAGUGGGAAGGUUGUUGACUUUUUCUGUGGCUUAACCAACUAGGCACGUAAUUUGUUAUUAAAGCACAUGAAAGUUCACGUGUUCCAGAAGGCAUUUCUGCCAAAAAACACAUUUAGAUUAAUUUAUUUUUUUAAAUAAGUUUUUGUUCAAAUGGCUCUCCUGUGAAGUAGUGACCCGCGACAUAUGCCUAGUUUCCUGAAACGAGUCACAUACGGAGGAAGACAAACCCAAUUUGUUUCUGGCUGUAGUGGGACCGAGCACUCAUUUCUGUUAUUAUGCUGCCACCAUGUAGUCAAAUGGCAGUAUAGCAGCCUACUGCUGUGGCACUCAGGGAUUCUUAUCAUUAUGGCCCCACACUAACGACCAGGCCACACCAGUCUACACAGAAGGGUCAGCCAGGCCCCUGUAAUGUCCCACAGACAUGACUAUAGGUCGGAACAAUAAAAUGGAGGCAUUUGGGGGCAUAUAGAAAGACGGUACUGCUUGUUUCACAGCUGGGGAAAUUGGCCAACAGCACUUUAACACAAAUCCAAACUCUCUC